CUUACAGUUACCCUCUCUGGUUGUACCGCGAAGAAGUUGGACUCGCCCGGUCGGCCAGCAAAUAAUCGCGCUUCACUGUUCGCUGGCUCGGGAUAUAAAUAGCGGAACCCUUUGACAUUCUCCUUCUCUGCUGAGUUUUGUGAGAUUCCUGCUACCUCCAGUCCCCAAAAUGUCUAUCAAAGUGUACUACUUUAACAGACUUCGUGCCAGGGGAGAGCUCCCCCGCCUUGUGCUGGCCGCUGCCAAAGUAGACUAUGAAUUUGUCCCCGUGGAAUCACCUGAUUGGCCCAAGUUCAAAGCUAGUCUUCACAGUGACGAUCCACUGGAGGCAUUAGCCAUAGAUGAAAUCUGCCUGCUGAGGGAAGAUUUGUUGAUUCAAGAGGUGAAGCAUUAUCGCGAGAAAGAUGAGGCAGAGAAG